UCUCUCUCUCUCUAUCCCAGUCGGAAACUCUCACGGCUGCCUACCUACCAUACCAGACGCACACUCUCGGCUGGCCGUGCUGCUUACUGGCUUAGCGGGCCGCCAGUUACGCAACAAUAACAACACCGUGAGGAGGUGUAGCGCGCGCGUGUGCCACCUAUAGAACAGUGUACGCGACCCUGGAGCCUGGAUCCAACGUCGCGCUCCGAUCACUUGUUGAAGAUCCGACCCCGGCAGAGAGACGGUUUAACGCUGCGAGACUCUGUGAUAAACUAGUAGCGUCGACGGCUGCGGUGGUGGUGGUAGUGGUGCUGAUUCAAAGUGUUGACGGAAAGUGUUGCAGGAUUCAAUUAGCGAUCGCGAACGGGAUGAAUGGGAUGGUCGGAAGUUGGUAACGGCAGCUGUCUCUCCUUGCAACAAGUCGAAAGGAUACACUUGUUGAAGAUUCGCGAGCGGAUGCACGAGGCGCACGAGGAGGCUCCGAUGGAACAAGCGAAAUACGUCGUGGUUAGGCGCCAAUGACGUCAGACGAGAGUCGGAGUCGAAGCGGAUAAGUCGGAGCGGAGUCAGAAUUGGUCGGAGUCGGAGUUGUUCGUUCGCCGAGCGACACCGUGUCGCCGACGCGUGUUGGUGAUAUUACCCGGGGGUACCGUGGUGGUGGUAGCGGUAUCUGUCCACGACUGUAAGUGUUGGUGCCGUGGCAAACGCAGAGAGAGAAUCGUGGUCGGACUGAAAGGAGAGGAGAACCCGUGCGGUAGCCAAUUAUACAUUUGGUGCGUGUGUGCCGUUGGCGGGCAAUGACUAACUGCUCGCUUUACAACUGUGUUAGUAGGAGAUAUCGUCGACGGACCCGCUCCUGCGUCGGUGUUGCCCGUCGUCUACGUCAGCACCGGUCGGACGGGAUUUGCAUAGCAAACAGAUUGACGCGCUGGUAAGUGGAUAACGAGUCGGAAAAGGAUAGCAAGUAUCUCGUAUCUCCGUCCCGUGGCCGUCGGUGUGUGCGUGAGAAAGAAAGAAGCGAAGUGCCAAGAGACGCGGACAACGCAGGGCAAGUGCGGAGGCUUAAAAUAGAAGAGUGACUUCGGGCUUGAGUGGUGCCCACGGGGAGCAGAGUGUCUCCUUUCCCAAUUUUCUUCUUCUUCUUCUUCUUCUCGUUCUGUGAUACGCGUGUUAGUGAUACGUUGUAUAGAGUGCGGAACAGGAGGAUCGUCGUUCGGGAAUCCCGGCGUCGUCCGCGCGUGUUUCUGUGAUAAGGGUGAAUCGGGAGGGUUGUUCCUGGAUCUGUUAACCAUGGAUCGCGGAUCGUAUUCCUUCUGCGGAGGCUGCGAGAGGACCGAGGGCCGAGCUAUGCCGAUGGAGUAACAAGUGAGCGGCGAAGCGGCGUUGCCAUGACGACAGAGACUCACACUGUGGCAAUGACAGACCCACAGUUGACCAACAACAACAACAACAAUAAUAACAACAAUAACAAUAACAAUAAUAACAAUAAUAACGAUGGCGAGCCGAAGUACCUGCACAAGAAAUUCAAGAAAAUGGCGACGACCGAGGCUAGUCCACCUAAGGUGGAGCCGAAGAAAGAGGAAACCGUGGCUCCCAACAAUUCAUCCCCUGACCCAUCCAAGAGAAAGGAUCCUAUCAAGUCUAUUGAAGUUCCUCCGGAAUCGGGAGACGGCGAGGCGACAGGGGAGUACAGGAAGAGCUACGUGUGUCCCUACUGUAGGUUGUCGUGUGCCAAGCCCAGUGUUCUCCAAAAACACAUCAGAGCGCACACGAACGAGAGGCCCUAUCCUUGCGUGCCGUGUGGGUUCGCGUUCAAGACCAAGUCGAAUCUUUACAAGCACUGCAGGUCGAGGGCUCACGCUCUUAAGAUGGAGGGUGGCGAUGCCAGCAAGGUGUCGGAGGACUCAGAUAUAAGUCUGUCAGACAGUGCGAGCAACGGGACCGGUACCCCGCCCCCUCCACCCUCUUCUACACCCACAACGUCCGUGUCCGUAGUAAAAACGGUGAAAACCGGGAAAAUCUACAAGCCGAAGUUCCACACGGCGCUCCAGUGUGUGAACAACGACGUGGAAACGUCUUCCCUGUCUUCAGCGUCUUCCACAGUUAGUUCUUCCCCCUCCUCGACGACUGCCAACUCGAAACCGAACCCGGAACAGGUUCAGGAGCACAUAGACAAGAUUAUAACCGAUAACCAGGCUAUCGUAGAUACCGUGGAUCCGCGAUUGCACAAGCUGAUACAGAGGCAACAGAGUUUAAUAGAACAAAAACAAGCGGACCAACCUUUGAACCUCUCAUCCGCGGAAGAGGGCUCGAGAAAACGAUGCUACAGCGCGAGCUUCGCUCAAGAAAAUAAAACGGAACGGAACAGCUCGGAAGGUUCUAUAAUCAAGGAUCUAUUGUUAAAGACGCAAAGUUCAAAUCAAGAACCAACCGAGAGCGAGAGCUAUCCCUGCCCUUCCUGUAAUAUUCCCUACUCGAGCAUCGAUAAUCUCGAAGUCCACCGCAGGUACUACUGCGAAGGAGGCGUUGGCAGGAAGGAUUAUCACUUGGAAACUGAUAAGAGAGAGUCCGAGUCUUCCGAUUAUUAUAAUACGCUCCAACCUCUGCCCUCGCCCGGUCCUCUUCUGGGUAACACCAGAUUAGUCGACGCCUAUGCCCCGCCGGUUAAGAAGCAGAGACCCGACUCCGUUCCUACUACGCUGCGAUCGUUGGAAGAGCUGAGCAAGUAUCCGCGGCCGAACGCUUUGCAAAUGUUCGGCGGGGAAGUUAGAAUACUUGACAAUACCGGUGAAACGAAGACCAUGAGGAUAGAACCUCGUCAGAGUAAUUCUCCCGAGCAGAUCGUGAACAGUAAAUGCGUGACUUCGGAGACGGCCUCCAUAGUAGUCCGAUCCGGCCUGCAUUCGGGUGGGACGAUGGUCCAUAAGCCUCCAGGGACUCCCGCGAGCACUCCCGGCACUAUACCGUUGGCCAACACCCCGAAGAUGCUGGCUCCGAUCAUACCGAACAUAUCAACCCCGAGCAUAGCGCCCCGGAUGUCCUGUUACAGCUAUCUGGACCCACUGAACCCGCUGACGAGCAUCACUGCCUACAAUCCGUUGACUCUGCCCCAGCAGCCGGGUAUCACGAGUAUCCUCCACGGCGGCAAGGUCAUCCCAUACGUCCCAGGAAUGCCGGGACCGCAUUCUCUGACCCCUUCCAUAGACAUAUCUCCGAGAGUCACCGGUGAAACCGGAUAUAAAGUGAUCCCGGGUUUUCCUGGAUUACACAUGGUCCAACAGCCUCUGGACCUGGCCAGUCCGGUUAAGAGUGCAUCCGGAAUGUCGGGACUAGUAUCCGGUGGAGCUGCCAUCAUGGAUCAGCCACUGGACUUGGCCAGCCCAGCGAAGGAUUCGAAACUUGGAUUUCGUACACCCGAGGUCUCCAAGUUGAGUACCUCGGUCGUUAAGAGUGAAGAGAAGUAUAACAGGAGGCCCACGGGAGAGGUUAAAGUGGAUCUGGACCGGCAUAUCAAGAACAGUGUGAACGUUAAUAAGUAUAAAAAUGCAGAGAGGCGGGAUUUUCCUUACGAUCGGAGUCCUAAAGUCGGAAAAGUUUUCAAUUAUUCUAACGGAGUCGACGCAUCGCCAACAGUGUCGUCGAGUUCAAAUAGUAAGCUUAAAUAUUCACCUAAAGAGAAUUUCGACAACAGGAAGAGAUUGUGGGUCAUGAACGAAGUGUUCAAUCAGAAGGAAAUGACAGCGGUAGUACCUAUGGGACACAGUGAUCACGCUAAAUACGACUCACCACCCCCUAUAGAAAAUGGACGGCUUAAAACAGUGAAUCUUAAUGAGAACAGAAAUAAAUUAACACCGGAAUAUUACGGUACGUUCAACGGGGUAAAGAAACCGGAAGUCCCGACUUCUGUAGCACACGUAAACGCCGAAAGUUCAAAAGUAGAGGUGCCAAACAAAGUAGAUGUAGUUGUGAAAGUUGACAGGCCCGAGACAAGCCCUAAAAGCAGCGAAGCUAGUAAAGAAGAGACUAAUUGUAAUAAGUUCUUGAGGCCAACCUCGCUGCCUUUAAAGCCGGGCACGUUUACGCCUAAGAAGCAUCAUGGUAUCACUCCCACGGCCAACACGCUUCCCCUGAUCAGUCCUGACACACCCAGGCCCAAGAAAUCCUACGGACAGCUCUAUUUAAAUGGACACGCUUAUACAUAUCUAGGUCUGAAAUGUUCUACCAGAGUUUUUUAUUGCACUCUGAACAGACCUCAGCCUAUGUACGUGACGCAGCAACACGGUUUAUCUAUGUACUCGAAUUGGAAGAUUUGCAAAGAAUCGCCACCGGACGUGGACAUGGCGCGUUACGACUCGCGGCACAGACCGGCUAACUACACCAUCGCCUGGAAGAAGCAGGAAGAUAUUCUGACCCAUUCUUCUCAAAGACCGACUACUCCUACAAGUUCUGACAGCGGUGUGGACAGUGAUAUGCAAGAGAAAGCGAAGAGAGUUAAGAUAUUUGACGGAGGAUUCGAGAGCAACGAAGAUUAUACUUAUGUCAGAGGAAGAGGUCGGGGUAGAUACGUUUGCGAGGAAUGCGGCAUUCGCUGUAAAAAGCCGUCGAUGUUGAAGAAACAUAUCAGAACACACACGGACGUAAGGCCCUAUACGUGUAAACACUGUGCGUUCAGCUUCAAAACCAAGGGAAAUCUUACGAAGCACAUGAAAUCGAAAGCCCACGACAAGAAAUGUGUCGAGCUGGGCAUCGUUCCCGUUCCUACGACUGUUUGCGACGAGAACAUCGACAAGGAGGCCCUCGCUCGGCUAUCCCUAGGUGGAGGCAAUCCUGAAGAGUCAUCAGAGGAAGAAGAGGACACCGAGGGGGAAGAUGAGAGCGAGGAAUCCGGAAGCGAGGAACAGGAGGCCGCUCAGAGCUUGCUGAGCCUCUCUCAGAGAAAUAACAACAGAUUCCCUGGACUCUUACCAUCUGGAAGGCCCACUACGUAUCCUUACACUCUGACUUUCCCGACCUCUUCCACGUCCUCCACCGUUUCAACAACGGUAAGCAACUCUUCCCAAGGGAGGGAGUGGAAACCGGAAGCAGAGGGUCAGAUGUUACAAGCUUAUCUAACCGAGAGACACGUGAUGGACAGUAAAAUGAAACAGCAGUAUCGUGUAGGAAAUACUAAAACCGAGGAGCAAAAGGAAAGAGAAAUCUACUCGCGAGAACCGUCUCCGAAACCGAGAAACGUAGAACAGGAAAACGUUCCAUCGACUAGUUGCGAUCCUAAAUUAAAAGUGAUCGACAGUACGCAUCGCAGUAGAUCUCCUAAAGAUCUCCACGUCAGAUCUCCGAAUAGGGAAGCGAUCUUGAUGCCGGACUAUAGGCAGCAGCAACAAGAAGCUAGAGUUAAUUACGAGAUGAUGUCCUUAAGUAUUCACGAGCCGGCCAAGAUCCACGAGGUUUCUAGGCAACAGAACAUAGUGGAUCGUGUCCCGGAGAUGAAACAUCCCGAGAUCACGAAACAGAGCCGCGAUAUAGCCGAGAGCAUAAAGCACGCGGUGGCGAGGAUGAGGGACGCGGUAGUCGGUGUUCCGGGAUUCAGGUCACCCUCGCCCACCGCGCCCACCGGGGCCGCGAAACCUCAGGCGGAAUUCUUGCAGCCAUCGAAUGGACCCGCGCCUAAUUACGUCAGUUACAGUGUGACGGACGAUGGUAGAGCCGUGUGCGGUAUUUGUAACAAGGUGUUCAGCAAACCUAGUCAGUUACGUUUGCAUAUCAACAUUCAUUACUUCGAGAGGCCGUACCGGUGCGAGAGUUGCGCGGUCUCGUUCCGGACCAAGGGUCACUUGACCAAGCACGAACGAUCUGUCUCUCAUCACAACAAGGUCAGCAUGACUUCCACGUUCGGAGCCGCGACAACAAGCAAUCCCAGGCCGUUCAAGUGUACGGAUUGCAAGAUAGCCUUCAGGAUACACGGCCACUUGGCCAAGCAUCUACGCAGCAAGAUGCACAUCAUGAAGCUGGAGUGCCUGGGUAAACUGCCGUUUGGGACUUACGCGGAGAUGGAGAGAUCCGGUAUCAAUCUGAACGAUAUUGAUACUACCGACUGUGAUAAUAGUCUUACUAGUCUUCAGAUGCUGGCUCAAAAACUUUGCGAGAAGGAUCCCAGUAAGAUAGGACAGUGGGAUUCGGAAACGAUGAUCCCAAUUCCGAGUCAACAAGUCAUCAGCGGUGGUGAGACUUCAUCGGACGAGGGUGAGCCUAUACCCCAACAGCACUGAUCUCUGUUAACUGGAUACGGUAUGGGUUUACUGCCCCUGUGACGACUGGGCGACUGCUAUCUUUCCGAAUCAACUGUGCACACCGUCUAACGAGACGUAAGAUCGCUUUCCUUUUAUUUAUUGUAACUAUUCAGUAUUCUCCACUGGGUGUAUUGCCUUGCCGUGUCAUUUGAAUAUUGUUUAUCAUACUCUUCAAUCUCUGUCAAUCCGAUACAAUAUUUUCGAUUUUUAUUUAGACGGAAUGUACAGCUUAUUGCAAAAGACAGCAGUCUUCCAAAUUAUGUGAGAAAGUUCCCUAAAACUAGUAAAUCCCAUUCCGUGUCCAGUGCUUAGGGAUUAGACAAUUAGGACAACGUGAUAAACCUAAAUAAUAUGUCUCGAUUCAUAUCAUGUGCCAAUUGUUUUUGCCUCUAAAAUUAUCGAUUUUAGCUAAGGAGUGAAGAAAUAUUAGUUUA